UCUUUCCUCUCCUCUCCUCACCCCUCCCCUCCCUCUCCCAGUGCAACGCUGUAUGCUGUAUUCCCCUCCGGACCGGAAUAACACACUCAGCUGCCUGCGAAAAUGGAUUUAUCAGGUACAACAGGUGAUCAAUCAGAUGUAAACCAUCAAGGCCUUUGUGCUUAUUGUAAAAAGGAUGCAAAACUUUCCUGUGCUAAGUGUGGAGCAAAUUAUUGCUCUAAAGAGCACCAAACUAUUGAUUGGAAGAUUCAUCGGAAAUCAUGUUCUAAUAAAUACUAUGAACUUAAACGAGAGCCAUCCAAGCCAACUGAAUUAGUGGCAUCCAAAAACAUACCCUGCAAUACAGUUAUCUUUCAAUCUCAGGCCAUUGCUGUUGGUCCUAGCUUAUCAGAACCUGUGUGUCUUGGAUGCCUGCGUCCUCUAAUAUAUGAUGUCAUGUCUCCUUUGUGUAAUGGCUGUGGAUGGCCUGUUUGUGGUAUAGACUGUGAGCGCUCAGAAAUGCAUCAGCUGGAGUGUCAAGCGAUGCAGAAUGUAGGGUACCGGUUUAAUCAAGAUGAACUAAGAUCAGACUGGCGUCCUUUUUUUGCAAUGAAGCCAGGCAUAUGGAUUCUUGUUCUCCGUGUUCUUCUUUCUGGGAAAUCAAAACAGCUGUUGAAGCUUUAUCGAAGUGAAGAUGAAAACGAUAAUAAUGCAUUUGGAAAAUUUGCAAAUGUGGCACUUCGUUCACAUGGUGUUAUGUUUAUUAGAAAUGAGUUGAAGCUCCAACAGUUCAAGGCAGAAGAUAUUAUGCGAUUAGGUUGUCUCAUCUUAAGAUCUACCGUGCCAGCUAGAUAUGUUCACCUUUCAGAGAGUGUAGAAGCGGCUGAAGCUCACGCUUCUCAUGUGGUAUAUUUGAAACAAACAUGUGACCCGAAUGUGGCCUAUCACAGAAUGAAUGGAAAUAAAUCUACAAUGGUUGUUGCAUGUAAGGAUAUAAAAGCUGGAGAAAAGUUGACUGUAUCCAAAGGAUAUUGGUUCCCAACAAGUCUUUGCAUGACAUCAACAUUCUCAAGGCAACAAUGGCAAAAUCUGCUUGGUAAAAAUCCUUGUGAUUGUCAGAGAUGCUCUGACCCCUCAGAGUUGGGACUGUACUUGUCAUCAUUAAAAUGCAGAAACUGCAAAGAUUUCGUGGUGCCCAAGGACACUGCUAACAUUUUAGUGACAGAUUGGAUCUGUAAAGCUUGCAAAUUAGUUCUCAAGGGUGAUGAAUUUUUCAAAAUAACUAAAGGUGUGGCAGAUGAAUUUUCAGCAUGUCUUGGCAGUGAAAAUAAGUUAAUACAGCUGGAAAAGUUCAUUGAAACCCACAGUGGACCUAAUGGCGCACUUCAUGGAAAUCAUGAACUUAUCCUGCAGGCAAAGUUUAAGUUUUGUGAAACUACUUAUAAAAAUUCUAUAGAGACCGGAGCUGCUUACAAAUUUGAUUGUAAAGAGCUUUCUCUGCUCAAGAAAUAUGCCACGGACUACUUGAACUUCCACCCUUUGUCAUACCAAGUAACCUUUUACCAUGACUUGGUCUUUCUUAAAAAUUCAAUUUACACUUUGGAGCAUGGAGAAAGAACCAAGGAGGAGGCCAAAAAAUUUUACAUUGAAAAUAACUUAGCCUGGAUUGGAAUUUGCAAUGGAAGACUUCAACGUUUCUGUGGUUAUUGCCUCCAGAUGGAAGAAUAUUUAACACUGCAUACGGAUUUCCUUGUGCUCAGCAGGAGAUUAGACUUAGCUGUAUUGUAGGAAAAAACUCUGUUUGCUUCUGUUUGAAACAAUGUUUUAGAUAAGAGUGCUAGGUCAUUUUCACUUUCAAAUGGUUUUAUGAAUCCUACUGUUACCUCUAACUUGGCUCUACUUUAAAUGUUAAAUGUUGCUUUCCUUUCACAUGUUAGCCAUCAUUACUGACCCAAUACCCCUAAUAGUUUGUUGAAUACUCUGCAGAAUUUUUUCAGAUAAUUAGAUUAACAAUAAAUUUCCAGCCCUUUUCAAA